AUGUUCAGAGCCCUGGCAAGCGCACGGCGUUCUGUUGCCUCUGUGGGCCUUGGUAGGCUCCGCUACUCGACUGAAAUUAAUGGUUGUUUAUCAAAAACGGCCACAUCAGUGCUACCUAAUGGAUUAACAGUUGCAUCCGAAUCUUUGCCAAACACAAAUACUGCCACUGUAGGUAUCUUUGUUGAUACCGGAUCUCGUGCCGAGAAUGAGAAGAAUAAUGGAACAGCACAUUUUUUGGAGCAUUUAGCCUUCAAGGGUACACAAAACAGAUCACAAACUGGUAUUGAACUGGAGAUUGAGAAUAUCGGUUCACAUUUAAAUGCCUAUACUUCGAGGGAAAACACUGUGUACUAUGCAAAAUCACUCAAACAAGAUAUACCAAAGGCAGUCGAUAUUCUUGCAGAUAUCUUAACUCGUUCAGUAUUGGAUCCAAAGGCCAUUGAAAGGGAGAGAGACGUCAUUAUUAGGGAGUCUGAAGAAGUUGAUAAGAUGUACGACGAGGUUGUUUUCGACCAUCUCCAUACAAUCACUUAUAAGAAUCAGCCUUUAGGAAGAACUAUUUUAGGGCCUAUCAAAAAUAUAAAGAGUAUUCAACGAUCUGAUUUACAAGAGUUCAUCGAAAAACAUUAUACGGGUGACAGAAUGGUACUUGUCGGUACAGGUGCAGUCGAUCAUGAUAAAUUGGUAGAAUACGCAGGUAAGUAUUUUGGACACGUUAGAAAAUCAGAAGCCCCAAUUCCUCUAGGUUCUCCACGAGGUCCUUUGCCUGUUUUCCAUGGGAAUGAACUCAAGAUUCAAGAAGAUACAUUACCAACUACCCACAUUGCGUUAGCUAUUGAAGGUGUAUCCUGGUCGGCACCAGAUUACUUUACUGCUCUUUGCACCCAGGCAAUCAUUGGUAACUGGGACAGGGCCUUGGGCACAGGUACUAAUUCUCCUUCACCUCUUGCUGUUGCUGCAUCUGAAAAUGGUACUUUAACUAAUUCCUACAUGUCAUUCUCAACAUCGUACGCCGACUCCGGUUUGUGGGGUAUGUACAUUGUGGCUGAUUCUCAACAACACGAUAUAAAGUUAAUCAUUGACGAAAUUUUAAAAGAGUGGAAAAGAAUUCGGUCCGGACGUAUCUCGGACGAUGAGGUAAACAGAGCGAAAGCAAGAUUAAAAGCCUCUCUACUUCUUUCUCUAGAUGGAUCGACUGCAAUAGCUGAAGAUAUUGGAAGACAAGUAGUAACGACUGGUAAAAGGUUAUCACCAGAGGAGGUUUUCGAACAAGUUAAUAAAAUCACAAAGCAGGACAUUAUAAUGUGGGCAAAUUAUAGGCUGCUCAAUAAACCUGUCUCUAUGGUUGCUCUAGGUAAUGUCAAAACGGUUCCAUCUUUAUCAUACAUUCAGACUAAUAUGAAUAACUAA